AUGGCCGCCACCGACCUCCCUCAACCGGGAGACGGAGCCUAUCUCGCCCGCACUCCCCAGCCAGGAGACGGUGCUUACCUUAUGAGCUCUUCCGGUGGUGCAAAUGGUACCAGCGCUGGCCCUCGCCGUCAAGGCGACCGCCGCCGCAACAACGGUAAUCGCAACGGGAAGCGAAACGGUGGUGGAGCAUCCACCCCGACAGCAUCGACCCCGACCGCUGAUGCGAGCUCUAUCUCUGGACCCUUGGAAAAUUUGUCGAUCAACGGCAACUCCUCUGCUGGGCCCAGCCAACAGACUGGGAACAAGCAGGGUCGCAACCGCCGCAACGGCGACGCCUCGCGCCGUCGCGAUCCAUCCAAGUCCAAUGGCGACGGAACGGCGAGUGGCGCUCGCACCCCCAAGUUCCAGCCAAACCCAUCGGCGCCUGCUUUCGAGCCCGGACAAGCCAUUGACUUCUCGACGGUCAUCCCGGCGCCGACUUCGAAUGCCGGCCCGAGCCAGGAGCGUCGAAGGAACCGCAGCCGCAAGGCGAACAAGGAUUCGUCCGCGCCGAAAGACCAGAAGCCAAAGGAGCCGAGGCGCACCGAGUCGCCGGCGCCCAAGGUAUCGAGCCGAAGAGCCGCAUUCGAAAAAGGAACGAAGCUCACGACCAACGAAAAGAAGGAGUCGCGCCCGCGGAAACAGCACAAUGUUCAGCAGCAACCUAGCCUACCGGAAGCCGACGACCUGAAUUCCCGUCUCACUCGUGGACUCGCCAAGAAGCCGUACAUCGAGUGCCCAAUUCUCCUCACUCCUGCGGUGACGCCUGCUCCCGACACAGGCCCCACUGUGACCACCCUUGCCCUCUGA